UUGCCACGUGGGCCUUCGCCCCAGCAACGAGGCCCAACUCUAUACUUAGAGAGACAAGUCGAACACUGCCACCCAUUCAAGCCCACUUCCAACCCAUAAUGCUCCUACUUAGGUCACAAGCUCGCGUUACCAAGCUCAGCAAAUUGCUUUGUUCCCUUAAUGUAUAUAAAUUUGUCUCCUUUAAUAAACAUGCCCGAUGUGCGACUUUUCUCUAAGAUAGAUGCCCGAUGUGCACUUUACUCCCACCAUAAACCCCUAACCCUCUUCUCGGCGGUGACUCUGACUUCCCUCGCAAGUUCUCCGUGGAUUCUCCCUCGGUCGCUGCAAACUCGUGACCUGAAUUCAAGCUUGGAGCUUGUGAGGGUGAUAAGUGCAAAGGAGCAAGUAGUUGCUGGAAGCAUAUAUGAAAUAACUAUGGUGGCAAAAGAUGGUGAUGAGAAGAAACAAGUUUAUGAAGCCAAAGUGUUGGUGAAGCCAUGGUUGAACUUCAAGGAGCUGCAAGAGUUCAAGCUUGUUACUGAUGAUGAUAAUGAAAAUGAUAAUGCUGCUUCAGUGUCUAGAGCACUUAUCUAGCUAUGUAUUUAAUUUUCACUAAUAUAUGUGUGGAAUAAAUGUAGCUAUGCUCUGAAAUACUCUAAAUGGGUGUAAUAUAUCAUCAAUAGAAUGUAUAAAAAAUUAAAAAUUACUUAUUGAA